CAGAGGUCAUGUACAGUCUUUGUUUCGUUUUCAAUUUCUUCAUAUACAAUUCUAUUGCUUCGUACAUAUUCUUCGUCCUAGACAUACAUUACAAUUACUAUUUCAAAAUACAAAAUAAUAACAAUCACAAAUAUUUUUAUACAUUUGCUUGUCAUUUUCAAAAAAAAGGAUUGUGUAUUAUCAGAGAAUAGCAAAAAUCGUCAAACCUCGCCGUGCUAUGCUACCGUUCCAUGGCGGGAUGUAACGCCUGAAAUCUCGGGUCUCUGAUAAGAAUAAUUUCUCCCACUUAAUGAAAUGAUCGCGAAAUCUUCUAUAAUUCAGAUCAUCUAGUCAUCGAAUUAAAACUAAGAUAGUAAUCGUUCAUAAUCUUUCUUAUGUGUAGAUAAUGAUUCUAUGAUAAAAAAUAAAUAAGAUAAUAGUAGUAAAAAUCAAUGCAAGAAAAUUUUUGAAAAUAUUAUAAUUAUUCUUUAUUUAAUAGAAUGAUCGUAUUCGAAAGAUUUUACCAGAUGGUGAAUCAUGGCUUCAAGAAUUAGGAUCUAUUGUUCAACUUGUACUUACUCGAAAUGAUUCAACAUGUAUGAAAAUAGCUGUUAUUUGUCUAAAUCUAACUAUUAAUGCUUUUAUUAAAUGGAGAAAUGAUAAAGUUCAAGCACCAUUAAAUAUUUUAUCGACUUAUAUUAAUUUAGCUAAUUAUGUUCUUGGACCAGAAUAUAUAUCAAUUUAUGUGAAAUAUUGUUAUUUAGAUGCACUUGUUCUCUUAAUUCAAACAUUUAUUGAAUUGACGCCGGAUAUUGAUCAACAACAAUAUGAUUUAACACGUUAUUCAACUGUUCUUAUACAUUUACUUGAUUUUGUCGAUUAUUGUAAUGAUAUUAUUGAUAUUCAUCCAUCAACAACACCACAAUAUAAAUGUGCUGUUAAAGCAUUAGUUCAUACAUUUCAUUUAUUAUCGAUAUUUGUUUCGACAGAAGAAUCAACAAAUUUAUCAGUAAAUUUAAAACAAGAACGUACAGUAGCAAAUGUUAUUGAUUUAUUUCAUAAAGUGUCACAAGAACGAGAUAAUUUUCGUGUAUGUUAUACAAUAUUAAGUUUUUUAUAUGAAUUAACAAAAAAAAAUGAUAGUAUUCAAUGGUUUCAUACAAUGAAUAUUAUUCCACGUACACUUCAUACAUUUCGUUUUAUUAUUCAACAACAAACAAAUAGUUUGAAUGAAGAUCAAAUUUCUCAAACAAAUUGGUCCAAAGUAAUACGUCUUUAUUUACUUUUAAAUAUUUUUCUUAUUCAUUCGGAAAUUAUACAUGGUGAUUAUCGACAUUUUAAUAAUGCAUCAGAUGUAUUUGCAGCUUGUAGUGAAUAUAUUGUUGAAAGUUUUCAUAAUGUAACAAGACAAUUUUCAUUAGCAUCAUUGGAUAAUGCUGAUGUAUGUUGUCAAUUUUUUGCAUGUUUGACACAAUUUUAUAAUCAAUUAAUGAGUAAACAUCAUAAAGAAGCGUGUAUUUGUAUUGCAGCAGUAAAUUAUCUUCUUCAUGAUUCAAUUAAUCUUCUUCUUCAUUCUGCUCUUGUACACAAUAUGUUAACAAAAAAAGUUCGUUGUGCUUAUCGAUCAGAAUUAGAAAAUCAAGAAAAUAUUGUACCUGAUUAUUCAAUAUCACAAUCAAUUGUAAUAGAUCAUUCACAAUUAUCUCAACGUUCUUUAUUACGACCAACAUCAACUUUUCUUAAUCAAUCAGUAUCAUCAUCUCCUGCUAGUGCUCCUCCUGUAACACCAAGUGAAGGUACACCAAAACCACGAUUAGUUAAUGUUCGCCAGCAAGUUGCUGCUGCUUCUGCUCAACCAGCUAGUUCUCAAGCACCAGAAUUUGAACAAGUUCAAGUCGGAUUAUUACGACUUUUAUGUACUUGUUGUUGGGCACUUCAUCCAUGUACGAUUCCAUUAAAUGAACUUAAUGAAUCUCUACUUUAUAAACAAACAAUUGAUUAUGAUUCAUAUAAAUAUUUAGUUGAACCAUUAUUUAAUACACCAACGUUAGAAAGACGCACAGCACCAUCAUUUGGUACUUGGCUUACUGGUGCUCAAUAUAUUGUUACUCAAAUGGAACGAUUUAGUCUUAUAAAAAGUAAUUCACCAAGACCAGCUCGUAUAAAAGAAAGUGACCUUGAACGUUUAGUACAACAGAGACCUUUUCUUGUGCUUGCACUUGAACAUUUAUUAAGUCUUAUUCUUUCUCAAGUACCACUCUUUAUGCGAUCAACGUAUCUUAGUGAAACACAAAAAAAUAUGAUGAAACAAACAUUAUCACUUGAAUUGGAUUACAUCUUUUCGAAUCUUAAUCUAACUGAACGAACAUCAAGUGCAAGUGGUGGUGGUAGUGAUCCAAAUUCUCAACGAACAUCGGUUAAUAUACCAACACCGGGCACUGCUGGUGGUCCAACAAGUCAUAAAUCACUUGUCAUGAGUGUAUCGAAUAUGUCUCAUCCGUCUGGAUCAGUAGUACGUGAAGCUUAUACACCGUUUUCUGUUGGUACAAAUGUGACAUGUUCUGGUGCAUCUGAAUAUAAUAAUUCAACUCAUUUGAAAGAUGUUUGUACAUCAAUUUGGAAACUUUACAAACGUAUUGUUCAAGCUGAUCCACUUGUCUUUGUUGGUUAA